CCCAACAUGGGGCCCGAAUGGAGGUGAGGUAGACAUGAGGUGGAGGGCGUGAAAUAGGAGUCGCGGGACACAGCUGAUCGGGGAUCCAGGCUGGCCACGGCAAAGGCGCGAGUCUUAUACCCUAUGAUCCCUCGUCACCACACACCCACCACCUCCACCUCCGCCUCUCCGCCAUCGCCAUUGCCGCCGCCGACGAGAAGAGAGAGACACAGAGAGAGAGAUUCAGGGGAGGGGGAGAUGGACCCGUGCCCGUUCGUGCGGGUGCUGGUCGGCAACCUCUCGCUGAAAAUGCCGGUGACGCCGCGCCCCGCGGGGGCGGGCGCCGGGGUGCACCCGUCGACCUCGCCGUGCUACUGCAAGAUCCGGCUCAACAAGCUGCCGUACCAGACCGCCGACGCGCCGCUGGUGAUGCUGUCGUCGUCGUCGUCGUCGGACGAGCAGGCGCAGGCGCCGGCGCCGGCCACGGGCGCGCUCGCCGCCGCGUUCCACCUCUCCAAGGCCGACCUCGACCGCCACAUGGCCAAGCCCUCGCUGUUCGGGUCGCGCACGGCGCGGCUCAAGGUCGCGGUGUACGCCGGUCGUCGGGGUACCACCUGCGGCGUCGGCGGCAGCUCCGGGAGGUUGCUUGGGAAGGUGGUGAUACCGCUCGACCUCAAGGGGGCCGCGGCGAAGCCCGUGGUGUACCACAGCAGCUGGAUCUGUAUCGGGAAGCGCGGCCGCAAGCCGUCGUCGGUGUCGGCCGCCAACGCGCAGCUCAACCUCACCGUCCGCGCGGAGCCCGACCCGCGGUUCGUGUUCGAGUUCGACGGCGAGCCGGAGUGCAGCCCGCAGGUGCUCCAGGUGCAGGGCAGCAUGAAGCAGCCCAUGUUCACCUGCAAGUUCUCCUGCCGCAGCAACAGCGACCUGCGCUCCAGAUCAAUGCCGGCCGAUACGGGAAGCGGCGGCCGGAACUGGCUGACGGCGUUCGGCUCCGACCGGGAGCGGACGGGGAAGGAGCGGAAGGGGUGGUCGGUGACGGUACACGACCUGUCUGGCUCCCCGGUGGCGCUGGCGUCAAUGGUGACUCCGUUCGUGGCGUCGCCGGGGACGGACCGGGUGAGCCGGUCCAACCCAGGGGCGUGGCUGGUGCUCCGCCCUGGGGACGGGACGUGGAAGCCAUGGGGCCGGCUCGAGUGCUGGCGCGAGCGCGGCGCGGGGGCGGCCACCGGCGACAGCCUCGGGUACCGGUUCGAGCUCCUCCUCCCGGACCCAACCGGCAUGGGGGUGGGGGUCUCCGUGGCGGAGUCGACCGUCCCGUCGUCCAAGGGCGGGCGCUUCGCGAUCGACCUGACGGCGCAGCAGCCGUUCGGGCGGAGCGGGUCGCCGGCGUGCAGCCCGCGCGGGAGCGGCGACUUCGGGUACGGGCUGUGGCCGUUCGGCAACUACCGCGGGUUCGUGAUGGCGGCGGCGGUGCAGGGGGAGGGGAAGUGCAGCCGGCCGGCGGUGGAGGUCGGGGUGGGGCACGUCGGGUGCGCGGAGGACGCGGCGGCGUUCGUGGCCCUCGCGGCGGCCGUCGACCUGAGCAUGGACGCCUGCCGGCUCUUCUCCCACCGCCUCCGCCGCGAGCUCUCGGCGUCCCGGUCCGACCUGCUCCGGUGAGGCACCCAUGAAUCGGAUUAUCCAAAUCAUCCGAGAGAUGUACAGCGCAGCUAAGCUAGUGUUCGUCGCCGUCGUCGUUCUGGUCUCUGUCGUUUUUUGUUGGGCGAUCAGAUUGCGUUGUGUUUGUGUUUUUUUUUUGAAAUCACUCGCUGUGAUUUGGUGGUUUUUUGGUGAUGAACCGUGAGUUUUUUUUUGGUUGUAAUUUUAGACUUCUAGGUGCUUUUUAAAGUCUAGAAGUAGAUGGAAGAAAGGGGGCAACUCAAAAACUUGUUGUCUGUGUCUGUCGCGAAUUUAUUUAUGUUUCCGUUUCAAAUUUAAAUUUUGGAGCAUUUUUCUUCUUUUUUGCGUGAUCGAAAGGGAGUACUACAGUUGUAGGGGAGGUGGGCCGGGCCGGGCCGAGCUGGAAAUGGUGAGUGGGCGGUGGGGCCCACGUACACAUGGGAUGUCUGGC